CUUAUUAUGAUAAUUUUGAGACAAUAAAUGAGUUGGGUAGUUCAGGAAGUGUUUAAUUUUCUAGCUGUAGUUCCAUAAAAAAUAUAUAGCUUGGGAAGGAGCCCCAAAUAUUAGUUUUGUCUUUCCUUGAUUUUAAAAUUUUGGAUUCCCUUAUUUUUGCUGAAUAAAACCAAUUUGGAUAUUCAAGCUCAAGAAAGCCAUUUAUGUUGUGCCCUCCAGAUUAAGAUAACAAGUGGUAAGUUUUAGCAGGAAAUGUAGCUUGUUCUCAUGUGAUUGACUGGUGGAUUUCUGCUUCAUAUUUAACUUCUGGGAACCAGCCUUUGAAUGCUAUAAUGAGCUCUAAAUUCAGUUUCAUAUAUUAAAUUUAUGUUAGGAUUUUUAAAUUACUUUGGCACUACAUGGGUGAAUGUUCAGGUGGUGCGGCAGCAUUCAAAAGCCAAUGUUUCAUUUGUUGCGAGAAAAUACUAUGUUCUUCAGAAUUGUUGAGUCUAGAAGGAAAACAGUUGCGACAUAUGUAAGCAAUCAGACCCAGGCAUGCCCAAGUUUCUAUACUUCAUGAUUAGAUUGGGACGGUUGCAGGACAGCAAUGCAGUUCUUUCCCACUUCAAUGAAUAUUCAGAACAUUGUUUUGCAGAGGUUUCGGCUGAUUUCUCUAGAAAUACACGUCUCUUAAAAUCUAUGAAGUCAGACCUUGAUUACAUAUUUCAGAAGUUGAGGAGCAUGAAGGCAAAAAUCAUAUCAACGUACCCAGAUGCUCUUCCAGAUAAUACAACAAUUCAGGCACUUGAUCAAAGGCCUGAUCUUGAAAUGCCACAAUAAUUGUACAUUUCAAGACGUGUUAUGAUAAGUUGUGGUCUCUCCUGAACAGUAGUUCUGAUUCCAUUUGUGCUUUACAUGUACCUUUUCUGCGACAAGGCACUGAUCUGUUUAUCUUAAGGAUUCUGAGUUUCCUAUUAAAACUUUGAUUGAUGACAUGAUAGAGCAGAUAUUUCGUUCUCAGAAUGAAAAUGUAUUCCUUGUUAUUAUGAAAUGACAAUUUUCUGCUGCAUUUGUGGCUUUUU